AUGUCGCUGGACACCGACAGCAUGUUUACGGAAGAUGUGGAGACGGAUCCCAUCGAAGCGAUGCACCAAAACAAGUCUCUGGUGCUUGGCUACUCGCACCUCAUGAUCAGCAACGGCGCGUACAUGAAGGGGCUUUGGACUGCAACGCUGCCAUACCUGACCUACCGAGGAGUGAAGCUCGCCGGGCUACUCCAGCAGAAUUGGCACUUUCUGAGCAGGUUCUUGGUGCCAUACGUGGGCCAUCACACGCAGGAAGUCAUGUACAGCAACCUGGUCGUCAUGACGGACCUCGAGCUCCUGCGGAUCUCCUUCUUCCGACCCGGCUCGGAGUACUUCCGCUUCUACAGGUACUUGGAUGAGUUGGGAGGCUUUUGGGAGCACCGCUGGGGCGACCAUGCGGUACGGGGCCUCGGCGCCGGUAUCGCGCUCCUGCCGCAUGAGAGAGAUCCAGCCGAGGCAAAUGAGACAACGAUCCCUCUAAUGGCCUACGACUUGAAGUUGCCCUACGCCCACCAGGGCUCCUGCUUCUGCCAAACACCGGGCCGUCGCUGCGAGGAGCUGGGGCAGGCCGCCUCUGGGGAAGCCUUGUGGCCGGUUAAGAAAAAGGUCUGGGCGUGUGUCCCCAACGUGACGGCGAUCAGCCUGUAG